UGCCCAACACUGUCGGGCUGCUUAUAGUAUACAUUUUCUGAUAAGAAAUUUUUAGUUGUUGCAGCCUGAAACAAAUACAUAAAUUUUGAAUAAAAAAUGCCUUAAAAAUUAAAAAACGGUCACGGAGACCAUGUAAAUUCAAGUGCCAUUAUCUACGGAAAUGGAGCGUCAAUCAAAACAUAGCCAAAUACGCGAAACUAACGCAGUGAAAACAAAGCCAACAGCCUAAACCCCUACACACUCACCCCCUGCCACCCACAAAACCAAGCAGACAGGCAACCAGUUCGGUUAGUACAACCAUGUCCAACGAUGUGCAAAUAGCACGCGUUGCCAAGAUUGGCUCCGAUGUACCGCGCAGACAGGGAAAGCAACGGGAUAUUAAAGGCAUAUCAAAGGGAGGCAGCAGCGGCGGGGGCAUCGGCGUCAUUGGGGAUGACAUCGAAUUUGUCUUUGGCAGCAUAUCACCAAGAGGCGGGGGAACAAGUGCUGGUCUAGGCCAGCAAAGGCACGUUAUGGUCUCCUAUGACAUGGACUCGCCGGAGCACACGCAGCGCGACACAACCGAAAGCGACAACAACAUUUCCAGCUGCUCGACCCUCGACAUUGUCAACAAAGUUGAACAACUGUCGGUCCAGCAGCUGGAGAAUCGGGUACGUGAGCUGACGCAGCGCCUGCAACAGGCAGAGCGUCAACUGGUGGAGAGCAAUGUGGAGCGAGACAUGUGCCACAAGCGUUUGGAGGUGGUCAGCCAAGCACACGAAUGUCGCAUCACAGAAAUGCAUUGCGUCAUUGCUGAGCUCAGUAAGAAAUUACGCAGCAAACAGGAGCAUAUCAUUAUGGAGGAACAGGAGCCGGAGGGGGAGGGCAGUGAGCUAAGCUAUCAGGAGGGUUCCGUAUACAACUCCGAGUUGAAUCUGACAAAUGCCGAUGUCGACGGCGAGUGUCAAACUGAGCCGCUGGAGGAUUUUGAAGGCGCCUGCUCCAGUGCAGACAACAUACACAUCAAGCCUCAGGAUGCCAUUACUAAAGGUCAACUUGAAGCACUGCAGGAGGAGGUGUUACAUCUACGCGCCCAGAUUGCCUUGUUGCAAGCCGAGAUUGCCACCAAGGACAAGGAUUCGGCUGUUGUGGAGGAUCAAAGCAAUGUCAUCUACUUUGCCUGCGAACUGGAGGCCAACGAAAAUGGAAACGAGCGCGGUUCCAACGAGCAGUGUCUCAAUGACUUAAAUGCCUGCGUAUCAGUGACAAGUCCACAGAAGUGCGUUAAAAUGGCUGAGCGUGUUAAGCUUCGUUGUGCCAGUAAAAACGAACCACAAUCUGAAACUUUGCCUGACGAAGAUACGGAUUUAAGCAACGAGGACAUCAAUCUCGUUGAGCAUUUGGUAUGCAAACCUAACUCGCUGAUGGACAGUUUCUUGGCACCUCUGCAAUUGGAGCUGGAGCGGCUGCAGCGUAAAAUGGAGAAAGUGAAGAUGCGCAACACAUUGCUGUCGCUAACCCUAGACGAGUCCAAGGAGCACACAGAACAUCUCUAUCUGCUGUGUGGCAAGUAUGAGUCAAAUGCUGUAGCUCUUCAGCUGGCGCUCAAUUGCAGCGACCGCGCCAUCGAGGCUUAUGACGUGAUGCUGGCUCUAUUGGAAAGCAGACUGGCCCUGCUCAGCGACAAGUCGUCGGCUGCUGAGGAAAGUCGACGGGCCGUGGAAUCGGUGGCUCAUCAUCUGCUUGUAAGGCUGGAGAGCGAGAAGAACUUGUGCGAGAAUAGUUUAGGACCCUGGCAGCAUAAUAUCAAUCUGAGCGCAGAGGAUGUACCGAAGGGCAUACGCCAAUGGAGUGCCGAUGACGACAAUCGUUUACGUUAUCACGUUUCCAAGUUAAAGGGACGUCGUUCGGUCGUGCAGCACACUAUAGUCAAUCUGGAAUCACCUUUUAGCGAUGUGUAUGAAAAGAAGCGUUUGGCACUGGAGAAGAGCCAAGAGUUGCGUGACCACGACAAGGAGAAAAGGUCACCCAUCGAUCUGGAGACGGCCGUCAUAAUGCAGGAAUUGCUCGAGUUGCGCGAUCAAAAUCAACAGCUGAAAGCCAAAAAGGAUGAAGCGGAGCGAGAGCAGCAGCAUGCCAAUGAGCGGGUGAGCAUCCUGCAUGAGGCCCUAAAGCAGCUGCAGGCAGCAAAUCGAGUCUCCUACUCGGAGGCGGAGCAUGCAGCUCUCACCGAGCAACAACUAGUCGAGGCACUUGGUCGGGAAACGGAGUUGAAGGGCCGUAUUCAAACACUUCUCAAUCUGAAUGCCACACAAAAAGCCACCGACGAGCAGUGCGAGCAAAUGCAUCAGAAUUUGCGAGAAUUGCAAAAAUCAAACUAUAACCUGAACCAGAUGCUGGAGCAGAGCAAACGCAAGUAUCAGAUGCGCAUUAAAAAGCUGGAGCAAAAGAUUGGCGAUAUGCGGCUAGAGCAGGAACAACUGCAACGACUUAAGUUGCACAAUAAUGACCAUGUUCCUGAGACAACACUGUAGAUGUAAGGAUUGUCUAUAAUGAUUGCUUGUGCCGGAGCGGCGAAACGAUGUAUUGAGAGACGCACACGCAACAUAUGCAACAUAUCCUGCUACCGCUAUGGUUCCUUCCUUCCUUAUCUUUUGUAAUUCAUAUCGAGCUCCUUAAAAUGCUGCUGCUGCUGCCGCCGCUGCUCCCACCGCAAUGCGUCACUCGAUGCCCGCUCCGGGCCAGCCAUAUCAAUAGAUAGUAUCACGAAUGUGCCAUACGAUUAACUGACAGCCGGUGACGGUGCCCCGCAAAUGAAGCUGUAUUAACUACAAUUACAUAUAAAUUAUACGAAUAUAUAAACUAGACUAGGUAGCUCGGGCUACUCACAACGCGUACACACGAAUCCUAUAUUUAUACAAUGUAUUCGCAUUUUGCUUGUUAUAUGACUCAAUAUAUGUAUUUAAAAUUGUACAAAUUAUAAUAAAACUGCAGCGACAUUACGUUCCGUUUGUGGA